GAAAAGCUGAGUACAAGUAAUGGUAAAAAAUCUGGUGAUAAAAACAGUAAUGAUGAUUCAAAUGAAGAUAACUCUGAAACACAGAAAACUAGAAAUGAAGACAAAAAACUAUUAGAAAAUGACAAAAGUAAGGAAAAAGAAAAGUCUAACAGUGAAUCUGAAAACGAAUCAGACUCCAAGAAUUCAGGGAAAGAAUCCAGUAAAACUGGGAAGGAAUCAAAUGAAGAAUCAAGUGAUAAUAGCAAAAGUAACAAGAAUACAACGAAGAAUAACAAAUUAUCCACCCAAAUGAUUGACAGCAGUGAUACUGAUGAGGAAUUUAGUAAAUUUUGUUCGAAGAAUGAAAAAUCCAGACAAGAUAUCGUUAGUAAAGCCAAAAAACGGAUAAAAAAAACCAUUGUUCUCUCUGACUCGGACGAAUCUGGUAGUGAUAAAAAGAAGAAAAACAAUAGUGAAGACUCUGACAUUAAGAGUGACAAAUCAGAUUCGAAUAAAUCUAGUGAAGACGAGGGAGAAAGUGAAGAAAAUAAGAAGCCCAAACGUAAAAGAAUUAAGAAAACAAAAGACAGUAGUAGUAGUAGUGAAGAAGAUAGAUCUACCAGAAAACAAAUCAGAAAAGUAUUAGAUAGAGCCUCUUUAUCUGCAACUACCAAAAAGGCAGAAGCUGAUGAAAAGGAACGUAAGGCUCGUAUCGCUGAAAAGCAAAAAAAAUAUAAUAAUAUUUUUGAAGAAAAGAAAGAUUCUAAAAUAGAAAAGCUUGUUUUGGACCAUGACGAGAAUACAAAGAAAGAUGUACUUGAAGUUCAUAAAAAAAUUGUCAAAAAAUUGAAACCACAUCAAGCAAAUGGUAUCCAAUUCAUGUGGGAUGCUUGCUUUGAGUCUGUCGAAAGGUUAAAAAAAGAACCUGGAUCUGGAUGUAUUCUAGCCCACUGCAUGGGAUUAGGAAAAACAUUACAGGUUAUUGCAUUAUCACAUACUUUGUUGACCAACCACGAGAAGACGAAUGUAAAUAAAGUUUUGAUCGUAUGUCCUUUGAGUACAGUUUUGAAUUGGAAAGCAGAAUUCAAAAAGUGGAUUCCCAGUAGUGAUACACUUGAGGUUUAUGAACUAGUGUCUUGUAAGAAAAAUUUCGAAAGACAGUACAUUGUGAAUGAAUGGCAUCAAGAAGGAGGAGUUUUAAUAAUAAGUUAUGCCAUGUUUCGAAACUUGAGCAACCCUGAUAAUAAGAAACUUAGUAAAAAGCUAAGGAACGCUUUUCAGGUGGGAUUCAUCGAUCCAGGUCCAGAUUUGGUGGUGUGCGAUGAAGGUCACCUACUCAAGAAUGAGAAAACCAAUUUGAGUAUUGCAAUGAAUAGAAUUAAGACUGCUCGCAGAAUAGUCCUCACAGGUACACCACUACAGAACAACCUUAAGGAAUAUUGGUGCAUGGUGCAAUUCAUAAAACCCAAUCUGCUUGGUACUUACAAAGAAUACAUGAACCGGUUUGUGAACCCCAUUACUAAUGGUCAAUACACCGAUUCUACACCACGAGACACUAUUCUGAUGAGAAAAAGAUCACAUGUGCUUCACAAGCUCCUAGAUGGUGUUGUACAGCGUAGAGAUUAUGCUGUUCUAGAACCAUACUUGCCUCCAAAAUAUGAAUACGUUCUUUUUGUGAAGCUGUCAGAAACUCAAGUCAAACUAUACCAACACUACAUGGACAAAUAUGCUCGACAAAGUGAUGGUUCAAAUAGAACUUCAUUUUUGUUCACAGAUUUUCAGAAACUACAAAGAAUUUGCACACAUCCAAGAACACUGGCUGAAAAGGGUAGCGAAAAAAAAGAGAAGUUUGAUGAUGAAGAAUCUGAAGGUUCUUUGAAGGAUUUUAUUGAUGAUGCAGAGGCAUCAUCUUCUGGAAAAUCGUCAUCAAAUUCUUCCGGUUCGGAAACAGAUGACAGUGGUUCUGGGAGUGGGGAUAAGAUGAAAUCGAAAAAACAACAAAAAACAAGAGUAACCAGAGCACAAACUGCCUACAGAAAAGAAAAUAAUGAAGGUAGUGAUCCAGAAUUGGUUGAAGAGGUAAAAAAGGAAUGGUGGCAGGAGUACUGUGAUGGUGAGGAAUUGGACAAUAUUAAUAAUAGUGGAAAAUUAUUUUUGUUGUUCGAAAUUCUGAAAGAGUGUGAAGAAAUUGGUGAUAAAGUUUUAAUUUUCUCGCAAUCGUUGUAUACCUUGAACUGUAUCGAGUAUUUCCUAGAGAAAAUAGACGAAGCUACUCAAAAUGGCACACCUGAAAAAAUAGGCGGCUAUAAAGGAUCUUGGGCAUUAGGUCUGGACUAUUUUCGGUUGGAUGGUUCUUCCAGCUGUGAUAACAGGCACAAUUGGUGUGACGUGUUUAACAAUCCAAACAAUAUAAGAGCUAGGUUGUUUCUGAUAUCUACCAAGGCCGGGGGAUUAGGAAUUAAUUUAGUAGCCGCUAAUCGAGUGAUCAUUUUUGAUGUUUCUUGGAAUCCCUCUCAUGAUAUACAAAGCAUUUAUCGAGUUUACAGGUUCGGCCAGACGAAGCCGUGUUAUAUUUAUCGCUUUGUCACAUACGGAACAAUGGAAAUGAAAAUAUAUGAACGACAAGUUACGAAACAGGCGAUUUCAAAAAGAGUGAUAGAUGAACAGCAAAUCGACAGGCAUUACAAUCAAAAUGAUUUGCAGGAGCUCUAUAAGUGCGAUCUGGAUCCUACUGACAGACCCAUACCUAUGGUGCCAAAGGAUGUUCUCUUGGGCGAAAUGUUACAGAAACACGAGAAAACAAUCUAUAAAUAUCAUUUACAUCAGUCUUUAUUGGAGAAUAAAGAGGACGAAGGGUUGAACGAGGAGGAGAGGAAAGCUGCUUGGGAAGAAUUUGAAAAUGAAAAGGUCAUUCGAAAAUACACUUAUAAUAAUACUGGUAUGGCUCAGAUGAACCAGGGAAUGAUGAGUGCUCAAGCGAUUUCAGCAGCUUUGGCAAAUAUUGUGAGAAGGGACAAUCCUGAUUGGUCCGAAAUUCAAAUCAAAAGUAUCAUUCCUGCCCUUGUUCAGCAGCUGCAGGUUCAGUUAGCUGAAAAUGACAUGUCGAUGUAUGGUCGUGUGAUGCAAGAAAUUCAACUCAUGAGAGCCCAGAAAAUGAGAGAAGCCUACUACCAAAAUCAAAUGAUGAAGCUGAUUCAACAACAACAGAAUCGACAAACCGUGUUGGGAAAUUUGAAUGUAAAUCCAGCACAUUUAGCACAAUUAUACGGUAAUGUCGGCAAUUUCUUUACCGGCACUCCAAAUGUCAGUGGGAUUAAUUUGAACAAGCCAAGCUCUUCAAGGUCAAUACCAAGACCGAAUGAUGUCAUAGAAUUGAAUGACUGAUUAUUGAAACAAAACUUUUACAAUGAUGGUAAUUAAUGUAGUAAUAUUUAUUUUAGAUUUGAAUUACUAUUCUAUUUUAUUCUUGUAAAUAUUUCAUAAUAGGUUAGGCUCCGAAUAAGUUCUACUGUAUUUUGUUGAUGCUUUCUCUGUGAUUCUGGAGUUUAUAUUUAGGUUAAGCAUACACUUUUGUAGUUAAAUAAUUUAUGUAUUUUUUGUAAAUACAUUUCUACUUUAAACUUAA